GUGUGCCCGAACACGGAAGUGCUUGUUUUGUUGUGGUGUUGUCACUAUUUUACAGACAAACGGAAUAUGAUGUAAUAAAUGGGUGUAAUAGUGAAACGCUCAAUUGAACAGCAUGCUGGGCUAUGUAAUGGUCGCGGUUUUAGCGCUGGCAGUUUUGUACAUUCCUCGUGACUGGUCCGUUAUUUUUGGAUCUGGAUGCAAGCAUCAGGAGCCCCCUGCUGCCGUGCGGCUCCUGGGCAGCCGUGAGUUAUCACUGUACGACGGGAGGGAAGGCAGUGAGGGCCUUUACCUGGCCAUACUGGGCCAAGUUUUUGAUGUACACAAGGGUAACAAGCACUAUGGACCCGGUGGAGCGUAUCACUUUAUGGCAGGAAGAGAUGCUUCACUGUCCUUCAUCACCGGAGACUUCACAGAAAGUGGCCUGACAGAUGAUGUGUCCAGUCUGUCCCCGCUGCAGGUGAUGGCCCUUUAUGACUGGCUGGCCUUUUACCAGAGGGAGUACGAGUUUGCAGGUCUGUUAACAGGCCGGUUCUAUAGUGAGACCGGACAGCCCACAGAGGCCCUGCUGCAGGUAGAAGCAUCACUAGCAGAGGGCCGGCGAAUAAAGGCCCAGUCUGAGGCCGAUAAGGUCCGCUUCCCAGCAUGCAACGCAGAGUGGAGUGCUGCCAGGGGCGGAAGAGUCUGGUGCUCCACUAAGAGCGGUGGAGUGGAAAGAGGCUGGACAGGUGUCCCACGGAAACUCUUCUCGCCAGGCUCCAGCAGUGUUCGUUGUGUCUGUGUUGAAGACCCACCUGCAGCAGAGGAAGACCCCAACCUGCAGAAAUACGACGGCUGCCCUGCACAUGCUGAGUCAUGCACUGUUGAAGAGUUCUAGCCGCUGGGCCGGCCCAAAACCUGGACUUCAUCAUGGACUGCUUUUAGCAGCACAAUACUCAGGGACUCUAUAAGGAAACCCAUUUUGGCCAAAGUGAUGACAGAGGAAAAAGAUAUUGUAAGUCAUUAUCAUUUUAUAUUUUGUAAUACUAGGUCAUUAUUUUGAGAUACAUUUUUUUUGGAUAAUUUCUCUUUAUUCUACGAUAUAAAAUCAUUAUUUUAGAAAGUUUCUCAUUAUUUUGACAUACUAAUUUGUUACUUUGAGAUACUAAGCAAUUAUUUUGAAAAGCUUUCUCAUUAUUUUGAAAACUAGCUCAUUAUUAUAUUUUACAUCAUAAAGAGAUAAAUCACUUUUUAAAAACAUUUCCCCUUUAUUUUGAAAUACUAAGUAAUUAUUUUAAUAUUUAUUAUCAUUAUUAUAAUAUUAAUUAUCAUUAUUUUGUGAGUGAUUAUUGAGUUUCUCAUUAUUUAAGAUACUAAUGACAUUAUUUCAUGAUACAUGUCAUUUCAAGACACUAGAUCAUUAUUUGAGAUACUAAGUCAUUAUUUUGAGAUAUUAAGUCUUAAAAUUAAUUUAAAAUUAAACUAAUCUUAAAAUUAAGAGAAAUUUUCUUAGAAUAAUAUAUCCCAAAGUAAUGACUUAAAAAUCUCACUAGUAUUACAAAAUAAUGAGAAAGUUCCUCAAAAUAAUGACUUAGUAUCUCAAAAUAAAGAGAAAUGUCAUUAAAAUAACGAUUUCGCUGAAAAAAAAAAACUUGAAAAUCUCAAAAUGUUUUGUUUAGUAUUGCAAAAUAAUGACAAACUUUCUCAAAAAUAAUGACAUAUCUAAAGAUAAUGAUAAAGUGUUGCAAAAAAAGAGAAAUGUUUCACCUGGUGCAUACAACUUUGUGAUGGUAGGCCUAAGUCAUAAUAUUGAGAAAGCUCCUCAUUAUUUAGAAAUGUAAAGUCAUUAUUUUGAGUCAUUUCAAUGACUUACAAGAUCUUUUUUUGCAUUACAUUGACAGAAAUGUGCUUCCAUACUUCUAACUUAUUCACAAUAAAGAGCAAGAAUGAAGAAGAAGUCAAUGCAUUAGUUUUUGAUGACCUUUAU